CACCAUUUCGCUGCGUCUAAAAGUCUCCUCCCCGCAACCACUAGAACCCGCUCUCUUUCAGUCCGUAUUAUAACUUCUUCCCACGGACCUACUCCUACCUCGUUGGGUACCGAGAGACAGUUUAGAAUACUACCAUCACGGAUUGAGUACGAUUUUAUCCGGAUGACGACUCCAUCAACAAGAAUUUUGUAAAAGAAAACUGGUCGGAAAUUUCAGAAUAUGUGGACGGGACCUUAAUCAGCAUCCUGGAAGUGGAAAGCACGGAAGCGCUGUGUCCCACACCACAGACAGGUGCAGUGUGUAGCCGGAGCAGCACAGAGGGAGGAAGCUCUGGGGAGGAGGAGGUGCAGCAGCGCACCCCUCCGGCUGUGGAUGUGCUGGGUGACAACCCCCAGGCUGCGCAAAAUGUGGCCGCUGCGCCUCUCCCACCACUGGAUAACACGACCACGUCACACCCUGAAAGACACGGACGCGUCAGUGAAAAUAACACACCCACAGAGACUCACCCCAACGACAACACUAAGGACAGCCUUGAAAGAGGGGCGAUGUCAGAUAGUGGUGGUGGAGGAAGAUUGGGCCCGUUGCACCCCAAGGACCCUAGUCUCUCUACAAAGUCCCAUUCAGACAGGCUCUCUGACACACAGACAGACGGAACAAGCCAAUAUUCGCAUUAUGUGUCACAAACUGAUAACAGCAGCCACACAGACAGACAAACGAGUGCUGCUGGACCAGGCCAGGCUUUGCAUCAGAGAGUUGCAGGUGGACUGGUGGUCAUCAGUGGGACAGAAAAGGGCCAGCCUCUCCCAGAGAAAUUGGAAUAUAAACAAGAGACUGGAAUCGAGGAACUUGGCAGAGAACACCCAGCUAGAAACCUUCCCUCUAAAUCCUGCUCAACAGUGUCCCUACUUCCCCUCAGCCCAAAUAAAGAUACAGUCCCAGACCACAACAAAGACCGAGGGAUGGAGCAGUCUCAAACAACCCUGUCGACUCAGGCAAAUCAGGCCAGCCACAUACCUCUGUCUGAAGUCAAAGAGCAAGCAGGCAUUCUGCAAAAUUCUGAGCAGCCUGUCCCCCCAGUGCUCAUCACUGACAACCGUAAGAAGAAACAAACAGACCUCUCCACAGAACCUAAAAUCACGCAGAACUCGAAUUACGGCCAAGAAGAGAUACAGGGAGCUAAUGCGGUGGAUCAGGGACCACAAGAAUCUGAGAGAUCUACAGAACCGUCUGAGAGUAGACACGUCACACUUGGGAGUUCACAAACGCUACUCCCAGACCCACCAACUGACAUAUCCGGGACCCCACAGUCAAGAGAAACAUACUCUGGUCUUGUCCCCUACACGCCCCCUGGCAGUGGUAAUUCCACCCCAGACUACACAACUGACAGACAGGAGAGUGAGAGCGAUAUCCAGACAAAUCCCCCUCUCCCAACAGAAGAACGGAUUGAGACUAACAGGGCAAAGGAGACUGAAAUGGCGAAGCACUCAUCCAACUUUACAAUCCAGUCACAAAGCUCUUUUCUACAGGAGACAGCAGCAGCAACCCCUCCUAUCCACCACCUCCCCAGUACAGAAAUAGACUUAAUGCAGACAGAACAAUCUAUUGAAGUUCAGAUGUCUAAUCCUGACCACAAAACCAGGAUGGAGACUCCACUGGUCUCUGAGCUCGUGCUGUCAGCUGAUGCUCAAGGAGCUGUGUUUCAUGGAGGAGAGACCAGCCUGGAGUUGCCUGAGGAGGUGCAGGUGGAUCAGUGUGUCCUCCUGGAAGAACAUCUUGUCAGUGGUGAUACUGCUGUUAUUGAAUUAACCUCUGAAUAUUCUGACAGAGAACCAAAGUCGUUUAUUGAAGGGACCCAUUUGGAUAUCGAAAUGGACCCACUGGCUGCAGGAGAAUUUGAGAUUUAUAGCUUUGUGGAGGAGGAGAUUGCGAUAGAAGUUGUUGGAGAGAGACCGUCCCUCUCCCCAAGCUACGAAGUAAACUUAUUCACCCCACUCAUGGAACACUCUGAGAAUUGUACAGCCAGUGAGGGACGAGAAAUAUGCCUGCUAUCUCACCCUCAAGCGAGUAAUGACAAUGAUCAAGUCAUUAUCCAGCAUCGAAAUGACUUUACCCCUCGUCUUUCCACACAAGAUGUAGAGAUGACUGAUGAAGGGCAGAAUUUUGAGCCCGAAAACACAACUACUGAAAUUGACAAUACUGUGUUGGAAGAUUCAAGUGAGGUUUGUGUAGUCCAAACUGUCCCAGUAUUAGAUACUCCAGAUGGACAGACGGACACCUUUACACAAGCUGCAUUACCUUGUCUGGAGACCAGCACAGCUGUCUCAGACAAUAGAGGGGUGAGCAUUUCCCCAGCCACAUGUCUGAGUGACACACAAACGCUGCCAGGGGAAACGGAAGUGAGAGCAAUGGCCAGUACAUCUUCUCUUGUCUCCCCAAUGGAUGAAUUAACAGAGGGGGUUGUUGUACAGUCAAACAGUCAACACAGUAUUGAGGUCCUCUCGUCCCCAAUUACCAUACACUUGCCAGAGGGUAGAAAGCAGAAUUGUCCUCUAAAAAAGGUACCUGUAGCCACCUUACAAAAUACUACAGAACCCAAGUCCUGUGUUUCUUCUCGUGAAGGGACCAAAUAUCCACAGCCCCGUCCAACACUGACAGAAACCCCAGUGGAGACCCAGCAGGAUGUUUAUCGUACCGUUAAUGUGACAGCAACCGAGGCCAACCCAGAGGCUUCCCGGUCCACACUCUCUUCUGGCAUCAUCGACCCAAAACUCCUCCUACUAAAGCGUGGGGACACCCCUCUCCUCAAACAUCCUCCCUCCUUAUUGUUGGGGGUAUCUAGGCAGCAGAGCAACAGCCUGGUGCAGGCUAGCACUAGCAGCUUCAGCUGUGGCUCAGACACAGCACCUGUAUUAGAGUGCCUUCCAAAAGCUGUGUCAGUCGCUGUGCCUAUGCCUGUAAGCAGUCAUAGAGACCAGACAGAGUCCUCUGUCAAGAGAGAACCCACAGCAGCACCUCCUGCUAUUCCCGCUACAAACACCCCAACCCAGUCCUGUAUGACCCCUCCAUCUACUCCCACACCAUGCAAAUCUGACAAAGAGGCCUUAACUCCAAUCAAAACAUCCACGGGCAAAGCAGUGACUGUGUCUCAAACCCUAAACCCUCCGAAUAUCAUCAAUGCGUCUUCCAAGCCCCUCUCUGCCCCCAAGUUGCCCUCAACAUCAGGCAAUGUGACGAGGAGUAAACUCUCCAGUUCCUCCAGUGAUGGGAGCCAGUCCGGACCACCGCCUGUCAUCCGGCCAUGGCUAGCCGGUGUGAAGGGCCCAGGGCUCAGCAGCCCCACGGAGGAGAGCAGUGAUGAGGAGGCUGACCUGGCAGUGGAGGCCAAGGCUAGCCGCAGAAGCAUGGUCAACCCCAGCCCAGCAGUGAGCAAGGUACGCCAGUGGAUAGCAGACAGGGUCACGCAAAGUUUGUCACCCGCCUCCUCAUCUACUUCAUCCCCCUCUCCCGGCCGAUCAUCCUUCAUUGACUGGACUCCCAGCACUACUCCCCUCAUUCUCCGAGGUGCCCAGGGCAGGUUCCUCUCUCCGCCCUCUAUUGGCCCAGGAGGCUCCUCCCCAUCGGACCCUGUCACUCCCCAUCGACCCCGCAUGGAGCGUCACGCAGACAUGGCUGAACUAGCCAAACACGAGGCGGAGAUAGAGGGCAGGACCGUAGCGUUGAAGAGGGAAGGCUUUUGCUCUAUGAAGCGACUGACCCGCCUGACAGAGCCGGUCCGGCUCAAGGUUCACUGGGACUACCUGUGUGAGGAGAUGCAGUGGCUCUCGGCCGACUUUGCCCAGGAGAGGAGGUGGAAGAGAGGGGUCGCCAGGAAGGUGGUGCGGAUGGUGAUGCGACAUCACGAGGAGCUGCGGCAGAAGGAGGAGAAGGCCAAGCGGGACGAGCACGCCAAAAUCAGACGAGUCGCCUCCAACAUAGCCAAGGAGGUCCGGGCCUUCUGGAGCAGUGUUGAGAAGGUGGUGCAGUACAAGCAGCAGUCCCGGUUAGAGGAGAAGAGGAAGAAGGCUCUGGACCUCCAGCUGGACUUCAUCGUGGGCCAGACUGAGAAAUACUCUGACCUCCUCAGUCAGGCACUGGAAACGGCACCGGCUGGGAACAGUGAACCUGCACCCUCACCACCCAAAAAAUCUCUUCCACUCGUUGUGGAUGAAGAUGACAGAGACUUUGAGCCUCCGUGUGGUGGUGAGGAGGAGGAGGAUGAUGAGGAGACCAUCGAAGUGGAGGAGGAACAGGAUGGCAAUGACCCUGAGACCCAGAGGAGGGAGAUUGAGCUGCUAAGACAGGAGGGGACCAUGUCCCUGGCAGAGCUGCUCAGCACCCUCAAACGGCCCCUUUCACAGGGCUCGGAAGAAGAGUGCUCAGACAAUUCGCCCACAACAGUGGACGAAGACGCAGAGUUCACAGCCAACGAAGAGGAUGCUGAAGAUGAGGAGGACACCAUCGCAGCCCAAGAGGUGGUGGAGGGGGAAGCAGAUCACGCGGGCGAGCUGGAUGACUUGGCCAAAGAAGGUGACAUGACUGUGGAGGAGCUGCUGGAGAAGUACAAAGGAGCGUAUGCCUCUGAUUUCGAGGAGCCCUCGGCAUCCGCCUCUCCUGCCAGCUCCGAUGAGUCUGAAAAUUCUGUAGACGAGCAAGAGGAGAGUGAGGAAGACAAAAGUGACGUGGAAAGCAACAUCACCACCUCAGAUAAUGAGGACAGUGGUGAGGAAGAGGUAAUUGACAAUGAUGAAGAGGACAGUGAUGAAGAUGAGUGCGACGAGGGGAUGGAAAUCCUGCUGAAGGAGGGUGACCACAGUCCCCCUCUCCCAACCGGCCCGCGGCCCAAGAAGGAGAUCAGCCACAUUGCUGCUACUGCAGAGAGCCUGCAACCCAAAGGCUACACCCUAGCCACAACCAAGGUUAAGACUCCCAUUCCGUUCUUGCUGGUGGGCCAGCUGCGUGAGUACCAGCACAUCGGCCUGGACUGGCUGGUCACCAUGUACGAGAAGAAGCUCAACGGCAUCCUGGCUGACGAGAUGGGCCUGGGGAAGACCAUCCAGACGAUCGCCUUGCUAGCUCACCUCGCCUGUGAGAAGGGUAACUGGGGGCCCCAUCUUAUUAUCGUGCCAACCAGUGUGAUGCUGAAUUGGGAGAUGGAGCUGAAGCGCUGGUGUCCUGGAUUCAAAAUCCUCACUUAUUACGGCAGUCAGAAGGAGAGGAAACUCAAGAGACAGGGUUGGACCAAGCCCAACGCCUUCCAUGUGUGUAUCACCUCCUACAAGCUGGUGCUGCAGGACCACCAGGCCUUCCGUCGCAAGUCCUGGCGCUACCUCAUCCUGGAUGAGGCCCAGAACAUCAAGAACUUCAAGUCCCAGCGCUGGCAGAGCCUGCUCAAUUUCAACAGUCAGAGGCGCCUGCUCUUGACUGGAACCCCACUGCAGAACAGCCUGAUGGAGCUGUGGUCCCUGAUGCACUUCCUCAUGCCCCACGUCUUCCAGUCUCACCGGGAGUUUAAGGAGUGGUUCUCCAACCCCCUCACCGGCAUGAUCGAGGGCAGCCAGGAGUACAAUGAGGGCCUGGUCAAGAGGUUACAUAAGGUGCUCAGGCCGUUUCUGUUGAGGAGACUCAAGGUGGAUGUGGAGAAGCAGAUGCCUAAAAAAUAUGAGCAUGUGGUGCGCUGCCGUCUGUCCAAGAGACAGCGCUUCCUCUACGAUGACUUCAUGGCACAGGCCUCCACCCGGGAAACGCUGGCCAGCGGUCACUUCAUGUCUGUGAUCAACAUCUUGAUGCAGCUCCGUAAAGUGUGUAACCACCCCAACCUGUUUGACCCGCGGCCCAUCCACUCCCCCUUCAUCACCAAGCCCAUCGUCUUCCACACGGCCUCCCUGGUUCAGAGAGCCCUGGAGAGCUCCCCAUUCAAGCUGCAGACGCUCCACACUCUGCUGCGACGGCUGAAGGAGGGCCAACACCGCGUGCUCAUCUUCACCCAGAUGACCCGCAUGCUGGACGUGCUGGAGCAGUUCCUUGGCUACCAUGGGCACAUCUACCUUCGCCUGGACGGCAGCACCCGUGUCGAGCAGAGACAGUCCUUGAUGGAUCGCUUCAACGCUGACCGCCGCAUCUUCUGCUUCAUCCUGUCCACGCGUAGCGGCGGCGUGGGGGUGAACCUCACAGGCGCCGACACGGUGGUGUUCUACGACAGUGACUGGAAUCCCACCAUGGACGCCCAGGCCCAGGACCGCUGCCACCGCAUCGGACAGACCCGCGACGUCCACAUCUACAGGCUGAUCAGUGAGCGCACGGUGGAGGAGAACAUCCUGAAGAAGGCCAACCAGAAGAGGAUGCUGGGAGACAUGGCGAUCGAAGGAGGCAACUUCACCACUGCUUUCUUCAGACAGCAAACCAUCAGGGAACUAUUUGAUGUGACGGAGGCGGAGAAGAAGGAGAUGAUCGUGGAGCUCUCUGUGCCCCAGCCUGAGGAAGAGGAGACUGUCAACAAACAGAGCACCACCAUUCUGGAGCAGGCCCUGUGUCGUGCCGAGGAUGAGGAGGACAUAGUGGCCGCCUCCCAAGCCAAAGCAGAGCAGGUAGCUGAACUGGCAGAGUUCAACGAGGCCAUCCCAUUGGACGAGGCUGGUGAAGGGAGGGACCCAGAAGAAGAGGAGCUCUCCAAGGCCGAGCAGGAGAUAGCGGCUCUUGUGGAGCAGCUAACUCCUAUAGAACGCUAUGCUAUGAACUUCCUAGAGGAUUCACUGGAGGAUGUGUGCAAGGAGGAAUUAAAGCAAGCCGAGGAGCAGGUGGAGGCUGCCAGGAAGGGGCUGGACCAGGCAAAGGAGGAGGGCCUGAAGCUGCAAGCAGGCUCCUCCGACAACGACGACGAGGACUUCUCAUCACAGCCAAUAGAGGAGCCCUCCACUCCCGGGUCGGGCCGCCGCCCACGCAAACACAAAGAGAAAGGCGCCCCCUCCACCAGGACCAGCGGCAGGCUCCGAGGGACCACGGCCUCCCCAGAGCCCGACACCCCAACCCCCACCCCCAGAGAAGUGCCUGAAAGACUCCGCUCUGCUCUGAGAGGACGAGGGGGGACCAAAGACACCACCACCCCGGCUCACAUAGAGCACCCAAGAGUCCACACCACCUCAUCAAGGCUCCAGGAAUCUGCCAAACCUGCAGCGACAACCACGGCCUCUCCUCGAGACUCCAGUCUCAUAUCCGGGGCGGCAGCGCCACUUCUCCGGACCCAGUCCCACUCCAGUUCAGUGCCUUCCACUGCCACCAGUCCUCCAGCUGGGAAACCACUGACACAACCAGGGGAGUCGGACACUGAGUCACCCAGGAGGGAGCAGGGAGAGUGUGUCUCCUCGGAUUCCAUGUGUCCGGUGGACCACCAGUCAUACUCUGCCCAGGCCAGGGAUUAUGACAGCAGGGACCAGAAGUCCCUGUCUCCCCCCGUGGUGUGCUCUCUCUCCCGGUCGCCACGCAAGCGUCAGUCAGCCGACGGGGAGGUCCUGCUAGGCCUCCCCGAACAUUCUCCAUCGGCCAAGGUCCUGCGGAAGCUCCCUGGUCGCCUGGUGACAGUGGUGGAGGACAAGGAGCCCAGGAAGAGGAGGAGAGGCAGCGGAACGGGAGGAGGCUCAUCAGAGGAGACGGAGCACGCAGAGUCGGGCCGAGGCUCAGAUGUGCCAAGCGGAGACGCUACAUCCCAGGCCCCUGACAAAACCAACCAGUCCCCCAAAGAGAAAGAUAAAGGGACGGCCUCAAAAUACUCCUCAAAGAUCACCAACCUCCCAGAGGACCUUUUAAGACACACCCAUCCUGCCAGAAACUACCCUCCUUACUCCCCACCCCACCACUCCCCUGACAUGCCGGUGCUGAGGAACCUGCCGGUGCGGCGGCGGCUUGAGAGUGAGUCUCGCGUGGCGGCCCAGUUAGGAGAGCAGGGUCUGGGCCGAGGGAGAGGAGGGAACUACCACAGGAAAAUGGACACUCAGCCAGGAAAUGAAGGCACCGCGUCCUCGGGCACUAAUGUUGCUAACUCGACCCCGCCGUUGAAACGAAAGAGGGGCCGACCCCCCAAGACUCCCCUCAGGGUGGUGGAACCCCAGCCAGAGCAUCUAUCCCCUCCCCACUCUAACUUACCAAGUGAGGAGGGGAGCCCCCCCUUCUCCGCAAAACGCAAGAGAGGUCGUCCCCGCAAAAACUUUGGGUGCAAAAAUGCAGUGGGUGCAGGAAAGAUCUCAAACGCCCCCACUGCCAGCACCACCAGCCAAGCUAGUUCCCUGUCUGACACUGCUGCUGCAGACACAGAGCCACUAGCCCAGUCUGCCCCCACUAAGCCUCAAACUGUGGCCACCUCUGCUGUCUGCACCAGCCAAGCCUCUCCGUCUACCAAAGCUGAGGACUCCACCGCAACAUUAAAAGCAGACACUAAGACUGAGUUCCCUACCACAACCCCAACUGCUAUCCUUGCGACAAGCCCAGCUCAAGUCCUUACCAUAACUGCUAUUCCUGCGCCAAGCCGAACUCAAGUUCCCACCUCAAUUCAAAUCUCUGUCUCCACCUCAAACUCAACCUCUGUUCCUGCCUCAAGCUCACCCACAGUUUCCACCCCAAGCUCACACACAGUAUCCACAUCGAGGAUGACCUUUGGUCAUGCCUCAAGGUCAACCUCUGGUCCCAUCCGAAUUCCAACCGCAGUCCUCACUUCAACACUGGCCCAAUUCCUCACUUCAAGACCUAGAGUCACCACUUCACCGCCAGUCUCCACUUCUCCAUCAAUCUCCACAACAACUGCCACACAAAUCUUCACCCCUACCCCCAACAAGAUUUCCACUCCUCCCCUUGCCCAAAUCACUAUCCCUACUCCAGCUCUAGCCCAAAUCCCAAAAAUUGCCACAUCAGCCUCUACUCCAACCAGCACCCCCACACCAACAUUCACACAUGUGAAACCAACCCUUACUCCGGUCCCUACCACAGUUGUCACAACUAAUCUACCAACACUUAGUAAACCCACCACAACCUCAAUCGCAAAUCUAACCACAAUUUCCACACCAGCCCCACCCAGAAUUGUCACCACCGUUACACCAGCCCCAACCACAGACGCCGCAGCAGCAACAGCUCCUGCCACAACCUCCAUACCAACUGCUACCAAAAUCACCACCACAACCCCCACACCAGGCCCUACGCCAACCAUCACGUCAACUGCUACACCAGACCCUACCACAACGGUCACAAAUGUCAAACCAACCCACACACCAGUCCCUACCAUGAUCAACACAACCUCUGUUCCAAUUCCCAACACUAUCCCCACAGCAGCACCAACCAGAAUUGUCACCACCGUUACAGCAGCUCCUGCCACAACCUCCAUAACAACUUCUACCAAAAUCACCCCCACAUCAACCAUCACAUCAACUUCUACACCAGAUCCUACCACAACUGUCAAACCAACCCACACACCAGUCCCUACCAUGAUCAACACAACCUCUGUUCCAAUUCUCAACACCAUCCCCACAGCAACCACAACCAGAACUGUCACCACUGUUACUGCAGCCACUACCACAACACCAAACCCCACCCCUUCCCAAGUACCCAUCACCACCAAAAUCCACACCCAGAUAUCCACUCCAAGUUCAACACAAGUACCCCCCCGAGCCCAAAUUCCUGUUACGUCCAGCAUCUCCACUGCUGUGGCUGUCACCGAGAACCAGGCUUUGGAGCCUGCUCCAGUGGAGACUGCCCAUAACAGAGACUCCGAGAAGAUAACAGACAUGGAGGUAGAAGAGGAUGGAGAAGAGGAGAUUAGUGACUCUCAACCGAAAAAGAGGAAAGUUGAGAAUUCUGAAGCCAAAGACACUGUCCCAGAGGCCCCAGUUGCUCCUCGGACAGAAGAAGCUGAUAAACAGAAGGUAGAGGAGAGCGUCGGCGAUGACAGAGCCACCAGCAAGAAGAGGCCUCUCAGUCGCCCGAGCAGUCAAGAGUCUGUGCGCUCCUCCUCUCCUUCCUCGGUGUGUUCCACAUCCACUCCCACACGGUCAGCCCAACACAAGAAGGGUGCAGAGAAGAGGGCACCUGCCAAGAAGAUGCGAGGGGAGGUUUCCUCUGACCCAGAGAAGGGGGAGGGAAAGGCAGAGAAAGGUUUCACCAAUGCUACUCAGAGGAAGCAGUCCAGGUCCUCCUCUUCAGAGUCUGACACCUCUGAAACCAGGAAGGAGCGCCUCCUCACCCGCUCAGCCCAGAGCCGACAGGAGACCAAGGGGGAUGGAAGACCCGCCAGGAGCUCUGAACGUGUGGGCAGGAAUGUGUCCAACAACACCGGUACUGAUGAGUCUGGCAGCCAGACAUCCUCUGUGAGAGUCACCCGGAAGUCUUCUGUUCCUCAGCCCACCCCAGAGAGAAAACCCCAGUCCAACAGUGUGCCCUCUAGCCAGCCAGAGGUCCUAGGGAAGAGGUGUUCAGCCCUGAACGCUGCAGCCAAACUCCUUGCCAUGCGAGGCAGGAUCGACACCCCUGGCAGCAGGAAAGACCCUGCGGCUAAGACCAGUGGGCAGAAUGCCACUUCUCCUGCUUCCUCUGACAAGAACCAGAAGUCCAAAUCUAAAAGUGCACCUGCCACUCCGCCAACCAACUGCAACAACAAAGUAGGAAGCAGCAAGACAACCCCAACCCAGUCAAGCCGCACCGCUGCACGUUCCACCCGCCAGUGCCCUGGUCCCCUCGUCCCGGCCUUGGAGACGAACAGCAAGAGGGGGAGCAAAAAGGACGAGAAGGAAAAGAAGAAGCCCUCCGAGGGAAAGGAGGAGGGUGAGCGGGAGACGCGCUUGUCCAGGGGCCACAGUGCAUGCAGCAGCAUGAGUAGCGAUGGUGGUGGAGGCAGCAGCAGGAGCCAGAGCAGCAGCAGUAGCCUCAGCUCCCAGAGCACCGGGCCCAGGCGCAACCACUCACGAGCACCCUCCUCCGGCAGUGAACGUGAACGCAGCACCGAGAGGGGCAGGAGGCGCAGCAACAUGAAGGAAGGAGAGGGCCGUGGGAGGGAGACCCGGAAGGAAAGAAAGGAGAGGCACGCCCAGAAGCGGGAGAGGCUUUCCCAGGAAGGGAACGCCGGCUCGGGAGAGGGCACCCCGGACAGGGUGCUGCGCAGCGUGGCGGCUAUGGCAGCGGCUCAGGCCCGCACACCAGCCGCUAACACCCGCUCCUCCUCCGCCCAACACAACAAGACAUGAUGGGAGGACUAGAGAUGAGGAGUGAGGGAUUCUGACUGGAAGCAUAGAGGGGUAGGUUGUAACAGAGGAGAAAUGACCUCUAAAGUUGCUGCUUUGUCUACACUGACAGACCAGAGCAGAACAAUGAGUGUUGUGCAGGUCAGUGACCUCUCUCCCUCUUGGGCCCCUCUCCCCCCCAACCCACAUUAAAGCUGGUCUCCUCUCCAGUUCAGCCAUCAUCAACUGGGGGAAAGGCUCAGGGAUGCCAGACUGUGUGCAAAGAGAAAGGUGGCACCAUGGUAGUGCCAUUCCAGAGGUGAGGUGUUGCUAGUCCUGAAGGUGUCACUUCAUGCUGACAGUGACUUGACUGCGGGGACUUUGUUGCGAGUGAGUAAAUUGUUAGUUCACACUAUGUACUGUAAAACAUUUAAAAAGACUGGAAUACUAAGAGAUGUAUGUGUCCGAGAGAGGUUUAAAUUGUGCCCUAUGUACAGAGUUUAUUCGCUGCCAGGGUUAUUGAUUCAAAAUAAGCUUGUGAGUGACAGUUAUAUCGUAAGAUGAAGGUUUUAGACAGUUGGGUUCUGGACAUAUUGUCAACUGUUCUGUUUCCAGUCAGUUGAUAAGUGAUGGAUAUUUUAUGGUUUCUUCCAGGGAAAUGGGAAGAGAGCAGAUCUGUAAAUGUGAUCUUUGCUGCACUAUGCUGGAGUUGGUCUUUGCUUGGGCCUCCCUAUCUUGUGAUUUUCUGCCCACCUUUUUAAAUCCAGCCUGCAUUUUUUUAUUUGCACAUCAGACAUGUUGUCCUCAGCAUAAUUUGAGUGCAUCGUUGUGUAGUAUUUUUAUUACAUCAAUUUCAAUCAAAAUACUACUAUGUUCCUGGUACCUCACACAAUGCAUCUUUCAAGCUCUAAAUAUGUCUGUCUUUCUUGAGCUUCUGCAUCUUGAAGAUAGUACUUAUUUUGCUUACUGGCAAUGCAGAAACAGGAGCAGAACUUUGAUUUAAUUCUCCUCACCUUUCCAAAGUCAGUCAGACAUUAUGGUCAACGUCAUGAAGUUGAUCUAAAAGGGGAUUGAAUCCAUGUGAAUAAAAUGAGUGCCUAUUAGGCCGAGCAGGUGGACGGAGAUCCCAGUUUGCCUUGUCAAGUACCUGACGUUGGGGUGUCGUCAUUAGUACAAAAAAAUAUUUAAAAAAUCCACCUUCUGUAAAUCACAAGGAAAGCACCCUAUGCAUCAGUGCUAUCAAAUUCUAUAUCAUUUUUUACUAUUGUCAUUUCUUCAUUGCACCUCUUUCAUGUAAGUACUUGGACAAAACAUGUGAAUAAAACACUGGUACAGUUCCAGGUGGCUCUAUAUAUUGUCAAUUUACUUUGAGGACUUACAUUUGGAAAAGCUAUUUUUGGGCAGGGUGCUGUUUUGAGUGAAUGGGUGGGUGGAAUAUGGUAAUGGUCUUAUUUUGUUAUCUUGAUGUCUUUCAUUUGUUACAUUCCUCUGUUCCCUUGUAAUUCCACAUCGUUUUACUUGAAAGAUUAAUAGACGAGUUGAAUAAAAAGACCAAAAAUGUA